AUGGCGCAAUCGGCGCAUCAACUCGACAAGAUGCCCUCUGUUGACCACCACAUCGAGGACAGCGCCACUGGCGCCGCGCCGCGUCAAGCAUCGCCAAUCACUUCAGACCUCGAGCAGGGACAGGACCAGAGCAAGAUGAUGCGCUUCUACUCGCACCCCUGGACGCAGAUUAUGCUCAUUUCUGUCAUUUGCUUCUGCCUCCCCGGAAUGUACAACGCGCUCACCGGCAUCGGCGGCUCCGGCCAGGUCGACCCGACCGUGGCCGCCAACGCGACCGUCGCGCUCCUGUCGACGACGGCCGCGACGGCGCUCCUCAUCGUCGGCCCCAUCUUCACGCUGACCGGGCCGCGCCUGUGCUUCCUCCUCGGCGGGUGGACGUACGCGCUGUACAGCGGCAGCCUGCUGCACUUCAACAAGUCGGGCAACGGCACCUUUGUCAUCGCCGCCGGCGCCGUGCUCGGCAUCGGCGCCGCGCUGCUCUGGAUCGUGCAGGGCGCCAUCAUGACCACGUACGUGGACGAGUCGCAAAAGGGCCGCGCCAUCGCCAUCUUCUGGGUCGUCUUCAACUUUGGCGGCGGCAUCGGCUCGCUCGUCUCCUUCAGCCUCAACUACCACAGCACCGCCGGCACCGUCGGCGACUCCACCUACAUCGCCCUCAUGAUCAUCAUGCUCUUUGGCUGGACCCUCGGCUUCUUCAUCUGCUCGCCGAAGCGCGUCCGCCUCGCCCAGCUGCACCGCGCCGUCGAGACGGAGAAGACGUCCGUCGCCGCCAUGCUCAAGCUCACCCUCGACACCCUCAUGCGGUGGCGCGUCGCCUGCAUGAUCCCCCUCUUCUUCUCCGCCAACGUCUUCUACAGCUACCAGCAGAACAACGUCAACGGCUUCACCUUUAACCUCCGCACCCGCUCGCUCAACGGCGCGCUCUACUGGUUCUCCCAGAUGGCCGGCGGUCUCUUCAUCGGCCUGAUUCUCGACCUGCCCAUGCUCAGCCGGCCCAACCGCGCCCGCCUCGGCUGGGCCUUUGUCUUCGUCACCGGCAUGGUCAUCUGGGGCGGCGGCUACCACUUCCAGCUGUGGCAGGACGACUUCUUCGCCAACGGCGGCAAGCAGACGCUCGACUUCAAGGACAGCAAAAAGGCCGUCGGCCCCAUGUUCCUCUACAUCUUUUACGGAUGCUACGACGCGCUGUGGCAGGGCUACGCCUACUGGCUCAUCGGCACCGAGUCCAACAGCACGUCCCGCGCCGCCGUGCUCGUCGGCCUGUACAAGGGCCUGCAGGCCGCCGGCGCCGCCAUGGCCUGGAGACUCAACGCCCUGCACCUGGAGCCCGUCAAGCAGCUGGCCAUGGACUGGGGCCUGUGCAUCGGCUCCUUGAUCGUCGUGCUGCCCAUGGUUCUCACAAUCUCGGAGCGGACAGUGGCCGAGGAGGCAGACGGAUCCUCCCGGUCCGAAGUGCAGGAAGCCAAGCUGGCAGAGGAGUAG